AUGAGUACCACCCAUAAGCUUCCUCGAUUCUUGAAUCUCCGGCCGCACCAAGGACCCACAACAGACCUUGUGAUCGGUAUUGAUAUCGGAACAACUUUUAGUGGCGCUUCAUAUGCUAUUCUCAGGCCAGAUACGAUUCCAGAAAUUCAGCCAGUUUCAAGGAAAUGUGUUGGUGACUCCAAAAUUCCGUCAAUAAUGUACUUUGAUGAGGGACUGAACCUCAAGGCUGCAGGAGCGUUGGCGACAACUGAGACAACUGAGCUGGAGGCAUUGUGUGAGAAUUGGAUAAAAGUCGAGCAUUUUAAGAUGCAUCUCCGCCCGCAUAGUAUGCACAUCGACACAAACGGACUUAAGUUGGGCACUUUACCUCCUUCGAUGACUGCUACCGAAGCAAUGAGCCACUUUCUCGGUUAUCUUUAUGAAGAAACCGUCAAUUAUAUAAAAACAUACGAGCUAGGUGGAGAUGACCUGAUCAAAAGUGCCGAGGACCGUAUUGUACUUGUUUUGAGCCACCCAAAUGGCUGGCAUGGUUUACCGCAGCAACACAUGCGUGAAGCGGCAAUUUUAGGAGGAUUGAUACCUGAUUCUGCUGCAGGACGCUCUCGAAUCAAGUUCGUCUCUGAGGGCGAAGCGAGCGCACUUGCUUGCCUUGCUAAUGGACUCUGCCCUCCAAAUCUGCAGGCCGAAUAUCGCUUCAUGAUUGCGGAUGCUGGAGGUGGUACUCUUGAUAUCACAACAUAUGAAAUCACGCAAGCUUCUCCGUUGGAACUCAAAGAAUUGACCUCUUCUGACUGUUUCUUUGCUGGUGGUAUAUUUGUCAACACGCGGAUGCGCGACCUUAUAGAAGGUAAGCCACAUUUAGAGGGAAUCAACGAACUGACUGACAUUGUUGACAAGAAAUUCGAGCACUCGCUGAAACGGGAGUUUGAUGGCCAGAGACAAACCAUGCGGAUGCAAAUUGGACCUCGUCGCGAAAAUGACCUGGAGCGAGGCAUCAAGAAAGGUGCACUUGCAAUUGACAAAUAUGAGCUAGCAAAAUGCUUUGCAUUCUCCGUAGACAACUUACUCAAGUCCAUCAAGAAUCAGGUCGAGGCAUGCAAUAUCAGAACGAUUGUGAUGUGGUUGGUUGGUGGCUUCUCAGCUAGUCCCUGGCUUUUCAGAACAGUGGGCGAAGCUUUGAAGGAACAAGGCAUUUCCAUUAGCCGACCAGAUACAGUUUUGGCAAAGGCUGUAGCAAACGGCAAUGUACUGUACGCCCUAGAAAACACCGUCACUAAGCGUGUCACUAGGGCAGUAUAUGGAGUCAGUUGCAACACACCAUACAAUCCCUUUAAUCCGGAACAUGUUAGGCGCAGUCAUCUCUGCUUCAAGACUAUAGAUGGCACGAGGAAAUUACCAUCACGCUUUAGCAUAAUUGUGAACAAGGACGUAGAGGUGCAAGAUUCAGAAAUGUAUACACAGUCUUACAUGUGGCUGGCUCCGAAUCCGGUAGAAACGGAGCACGAAUGUAGGCUGAUAUGCUACAAUGGCUACUCUCCUGCACCAAUGUGGUAUGAUGAGAAUAAAGACUUGUUCUCCAACGUGUGCACAAUCAGAGCCGACCUUUCGAAACUGUUUCAGCCGGAGCUGAUGGAAACGUAUGAAGGAAGGAGGUUUUGGCGCAUUUAUUUCGAUAUCGAAGUCAGUUUUGGUCAGGUAGAACUCCAGGCGAGGAUUAAAUGGGUAGAGAAUGGAGUGGAAAAGUAUGGGCCUGCAUCUAUUUUUUACGAUGAUUAACAUCCUUGCCACUUGACCAACCGUAUCAGUUUGCUGGCAAACUCCAGCAUCAUCAUUUACAACUC